GAGGCCACGCCUCCUCCUCCCCGGAGCCCCCCAUGGAGCCCGCCCUAGGGCGCCCCCUAGCGCUCGGCCUCUCCCAGGGUGAAGCCCAUCCCGAAGAAGGAGAAGGAAGUUGCAUUCCUUGUUUGAAAACCUCACCUCCAUCAACACAAUCUUCUGAAACUACAGUGUUUGAAACGAAAAAGAAUGAAUUUCCAGAGGAAAUCCAGCUGCUUAAAUCUAUCUCACAAGAUGGAAAAGAUGAAGAAUGGACUUUUUAUCCAAGAUUUGGACUUCACACUUACCGAUUUGGCAAACGAUGCUUCUUUGAUGGUGUCUUCCUCAGGAACAAAACAUCUUCAUCUGAAAACACGUUAGCAAAAUGCUUUGGGAGAAAAAAAUAUGAUAUUGAUCUCAGAAAUGGAAUUCCAGAAAAAAACCCAUGUGACAAACCAUACAUUCUUCCAGAACAAAGUACAGACUUUCACAAGUUAGGCUCAACUCGUCCUUUGGUGAAUUUUGCAGUGGACCCAUAUAAAAGAAAAGCAGAUACAUUCAUUCCUCUCCAGCCCUUACCACGAGUUCCUCGUAUGCCUUUUGCAAUGAAGGAGAAGCAAAAAGAACUGAUGAAGGAGAUAAAAGAGGUGCAAGAACUCGAUGAAUGGAAGCAAGCGGUUCCUUUGAUCCAAACUCUGUUUACCCCUGGUGGGCUACAAAAACAGAAAAAGUUUAAUGCUCAUUGAAGCAGUGGGGAAAACCCAAAGAACCAUCGGAAUGAACACAAAAGGAAUAAUGGCAAAGAAAUGUUAGCUGUAGCCAACUUGACUAAGGGAAGCACAAGUAGAAUGCGCCUAAGCAAAUCCAAAGUUUCUCUUCAAAUCUAUAUCUUCCAUGCUGAAUUAUAGUAUUUGUUUGCACUCACUGCUAGGAAUAACUGAAUACAAGCCUAAAUUUCUGCACCCUCACCAACUUUUCUAUAGCAUUAUCAAGCUAUUAAAAGCCUCCCCCCUUCAAAAUGUAGUCAGUUCAAAACAGCCAAGUAUAAUUCUGUGAACAACUUUGUUCAGUACCUGCUACUUUCUUGAACUGAACACUUGGCAGGCCAUUAAAGAUUUUAAAGGAAA